CAGAUCCGUUGUUGUUGUGAUGGCGGUGAUGGUGUUGUGCGUUACUAACUUCCGGUUCCAACACUGAACAUUUUAGACCACACGCGGCGGGCGGACCAGAUCGGGCAGUGACUGUGUGAUCUGCAGAAGACCAGUUACAAGGGAGAAGAUCGUGUUUGAGCCAUGCGGGUCAAACGCAACAAAGCGCCGGGGGGCGGAGACGGCCACUCACGUCAGAAGAGACAGCCUUUAAGCAACUCCAAAAGACACUCCAUGAUCGUUGAAUAUCUAUUUCAAUCGUCAGAAGAAGAAGAAGACGAGCGUGAAGCGUCCGUAGGAACAAGUCAGGAGACACAAGACCAUGUUGUUGUUGAUGAUGAUGAUGAUGAUGUUGUCCCCCAUUCAUCAACCCCAAAGAGAGCGCUUGAGCAAAAGAAUACCAUAAGAAAACUGUGCUUGGAGUGGUGUAAACCAAAGGUUUCAAUGGAUGAAGAUGGAUAUAGUGACCUUCCAUCUGCCCAGAAGACAAAACGGAGUACAGUUAUGUCCAAAAGAAAGUCUACACAUUAUGUCCCUUCGGGGCAAGAUGAUACAGAUGAUGAUGAUGAUGAUGGGUUAUUUAUAACCCAGAAAUGUGGACCUAAAACUUCUGAAGGACGACCUCCGUUGUUCCGUGAGGUAUUGGCGCAGCCUAGAAAGAAAAUUCAGGCACGCAAGUUGAACUUCCCUUUCCUCGCCGAUUGGAAACGCACAUCAAGACACCAUCAGUUUUCCCAUCAGGACACCGGUGUCAAUAGUUGUUUGAUGGAAGGUUUCUUCCGUUGUGUACAACAGUUGACUGUCUUCAGCAGAGACAAACUUCAACUGCAAGCACCUUAUUUGGAAGAAAAGGACAUUCCUCCACUGUCAGAAAACGAAGAAUCAAGUGACGAGGAGAUUAAGAUUGUGAGGAAAAGUUCCUUUGUGAUGCCCCGGAAGGCAAAAGCCAACAACUCUACAGCAAGGAAAGCCAAAUCUGUGGAUGAGGGGACAAAUCACGGCCUUGACCAUGACGGUUGCUCGAACAUCAAGGGGAGAAAUUGCCCGCUGUCUUCAAUGAAGGCAGCACCCAGUGAAGCUCCCGAGAGAAAAGACGCCGUGAUGAAUGAGGACACAAGUCCCCUCUUUGAACCUGCUGAAGUGGAUGAGGAGGACAUGGACAGUGAAGGGAAUACUGACAGAGAAAAAGAUGAAGUUGUGGCUGGAGUUGAAGAGCAUCAACUCUCAACUCUCUGUGGGCCGCAUCUUUUACCAGAUAUCCCACCGGAGAGUAAAGAACUGGACAUGUCUGCGGGAGUCUGCGAGUCUGCGAUGGGAAAUAAAGAUCCCCAGCUUUUCGUGAAAGGAAGAAAUAUCAUAACUCCAGAAGAAAACGAGAAUGUAGAUAGUAAUGUCGGAGAAGAGGAUGAUUCUGGGAGGUCUAACACAGAGACGUGCAACAGGAAAAAGAAGAAGCGGAGGAAGAGGAGAAAUGUGCAUGAGGAGAAAAUAUUAGAGUCAGCCCCGGUGGUUGAUGAUGAUGAUGAUGCAACACUUAAGAAGAAGAAGAGAAAAAUGACAGAGGUGUGUACAGAAGAAUUAUCAUCAACAUCAACCAUAUUAUUCAGUGAUGAUGACAACAAGAUCCACAAAAAGAAGAAGAAGAAAAAGCAAGAACUGAUUGAUGACAUUGACGACAUGGAUAUUGUAGCAGAAUUCACAGCGAGAAAGAAAAGGAGGAAGAAAUCAAAGUCUCUCCCUCUGCCUAAAUUCAGCGAAGAUGAGGUGACCGCAAAUGAGGAUGAUGUCACACAAAUGGCGCAGAAAAAAAGAAAAAAAUCAGCCCCACAAUGUGAUGACUCUCUGUCUACAGAGGAAAGAGACAAAAAGAGGAACUCUUCCUUCCUUGUUGUUGAUGAAGAGGAAGAUAUAAGUGCGCUUGAGCUACCACUGUCGCAUGUCGCUCCAGAAAACCAGGUCAGUGAAUUUGUUGGAUCAGCAGAGUCCACAAACGGUGGAGUUAGGAAAAAGAAAAAGAAGAAGAAAAUCAAACAGUGUGCUGAGGAAAGAGAGGAAGUGCGAAAUGAGAUUGAAUUUGCGGAACCAGUUGGAGCCAUGGAGAGCGGCACAUGUGAGGGGCCAAAAAAGAGACGUGAAGCAGAGGGCACGGCGUUGCCUGCUGUUGAAACAGUGGAAGCCAGUGAAGGUGAUGGACACAUGCUGGUAAAAAAGAAGCACAAAAAGAAGAAAAAGUUAGCUCGUAAAAGUCAAGAAUAAUGGCAGGGGAUUUGUGUUUGAAUGGCAAUAAACAACAUUUUAGAAAGUCUUGACCAAGAUGGUUAAUACUAUUAAAGCCUAAAUGUAGAAUUUUUGCAAAUAUUCUAGUUUAGAGACAAAACUUACAUGUUUAUUAAAUGUGUUGACCAGUGUAUCUUUUUCUUAAUAAAACUUUUAUUGACUUUUGAGUACAAUGAAUCUUCACUUUAUUGUCUCACUUGGAUUUCACAUCAAGUGAUUGGAACAGAAAAAAUUGACUUCCUGAAUGUUCUUAAUAAGAUAACAUUUUUAGUGUUUCGAUAAAAAACUGGACAAAAAAAGAAAGGCUCAGACCUGCAUUGUGUACAAUGGCAUUGUUUUUACAUAGUGCAUUCUGUGUUAUAUUUUAUCAGGAUCACAAUAUUCUCAAUGUUUUUCUCUAUUUCUGCCGUUAGGUGGCACUAUUUUUUUUUUAAAUUUACUUUUGACCUUUUUCUAAGUUAAAGGAUGAUUGUGUCUCAUUGGCAUCUGCUUCUAACACGUUCUAAACUGGGACAACAAAAUCCAAAGUCAGUGUACUUUGUUACUUUUCUCCUGACUUUACCUCAGGUCACCAAACAUUAACUUAACAUUACUCCAUUCUCUACUAGGUUGUUUUCCUUCCUGAACAAGUGAAUCAAUCAUCAGUCAUACGAUCAGCUUACAUGGCACAAUGAUCAACGCAUGACUGCAGUUCUCCUGCAUGCAUUUUGCAGACCUUGGAUUUCCAAUUUUAGCAUUUCAGCUGGACUACUAGCCAAGUCACUGCAGCUAAAUCCAGUGCCUGGCAUCAUUUUAUGUGCCCUAGAGUUGUAUGCUUGGUGCACAUUUUAAUUGAAUUAGGCCUAUUUUUACCCCCUUCUGUCAUUGGAUCUUGCAUGUGAAUUAAGUAGCUCCUCAUCCACUUAAAAUGUAAAUGUUUUUAGUUACCAAGUUGCUGUCUCUUUAGAUUAAGUUUCUAGAGUGUCCUCUGCUCCAUUUCCAAUAUAAUCACCAAAGCAUUUAGAGCAACUAUAAUGUGUCUCAGGAAUGAAAACAAAACUGACUGAUGUGUCAUCUUGGUAAAACGUUGCUGCAUUUCAACACGCACGCUUGAAACCACAUGUCGCACUGAGAUGAUGAUUUGAGGAGUGCUGUUCUCGCCCACUCUCGGUUCAUAUGUUCAGAAUAUUUUGACUGUCCAUUAGUUUUCCAUAGUCAAUGGCGUUACUCUUUGUUUG